ACUUAUGGGAACUCGGGCACUCGGCGUCUCUCGACCACACCCCUCGUUCUCAUAAAUCACGUAUGGACCUCUAAACGCACAUUAUCUCUUACAUAAUAUCACCUAACACGCUUUCUAGUUUCCUACUUUGCAUUUCUUUGGUAUUAGCUAUUAUAUUAUACAUCUGGGUAUAGUUGACUUUUAUUUUUACCAUCAAGUCUUUUCCUAUAUAUUUGCCCUCUAAUAAUAUUCCAGACUUUUCAAAGCGCCAUGCGACCCACAAAAGCCAGCCUGACGCAGACUGUACCCUUCCAAAGGUGGCAGAGACUUUGCUUGAAGUCGUCAGAGAGACAUCGUCAGUUACUGGAGGUUCGCACCAGACUCAACGACAUUGUUCUUGCCAGGUCGUUCAGCUUUGAUGUGUGGAGGAAGAAUUUCAAUGGGUGGGUGGACCAGCAGAAACUGAGGGUCAACGACUUGUUCCGCAGAUUUGACAGCAACCACGACGGGAUGUUGACGAGGGACGAUGUAAUUAGAGGAUUCAAGGCAUCAGGUCUAGCCAUGAGUCAGAUUGAGCUGGAGAAGAUAGCGGACCAUUUCGACAGGACAAAGACGGCUACAUUGACCGCAGUAAGAUCAGCUCCAACUCAGGGGUCAGCGGAGAGCACGGUCUCUGUGUAGUACAGCCCGUGUCUCUGACUCUGGGAAGAUUGACCUUGAGAUACAGUACCAGGUGUGUGCUUGUUUCAUGCGAAAAAAGAUCACAGCGACUGCAGAGGGCUGAUGGAAAGUAUAGAUUUGGGGACUCUCUGAUGCUGCGACAGGUGAACAUCCUUCGCAGUGGAGUGAUAGUGAGAGUUGGUGGAGGCUGGGACCCACUAGAAGAGUUCCUCAGGAAACAUGACCCCUGUAGAGCCACCUGAGGGGUAUGGACGUGGGGUUGACGACAGCUACCAAGACCCAGACCGCCAUCUCCCACAAGAACUCUGUUGCUGGCAAACUUGUAUAAGCUGUAA